AUAAAACACGUGCUUAAAAGAAAAGGACUAAAAAUUUAGAAUUAAAGUGAAAGGAAAAAAAAAUUUUUUUUUUUAAUAAAAAAAUUCAAAUUAAUUUUUUGAAUUUUUUUUUUAAUUUUUUUACAUGAUUUUAAUUUUUUUUUUAUAUUGCAUGUCGAUUUUGUAAGGAUUUUGUAAAAUUUUAUAAUGCAUUCAAUUUUAUAUGUGUAUAUUGGAAUGCGUGUGACAUAAAUCAUUUUAAAGAAAUAAUAUUACAAAAAAAAAAACAGAAAAAAGAAAUAGAAAAAGUUUGAUUUUUAAUUUAACCUUAACCAUACUCAAACUGAAAAAUAAUGUGUUUCUAUCAGGUUUUCUUCUUCGUUAUCCUGCAAUAAAAAGGAAAAAAUAAAAAAAAAAUACCCAAUGUGAUAUAUUUUUUUUUGUUAUUAUUAUUAUUAUUAUUGUUAUGAAGAGAUUACAAAACACACUUACUCACACACACACUAUGUAAGCACAUGAUGUUAUCCUCAUACAAAUUAUUUAAUAGUCUUAUAUACAUUACAGUAAUUUUAUGUAAAAGAAUUUUAGGAAAUAUAAGAAAAAAAUAAAAACAAAAAUUAAUAAUUUUCAUAAUUAUUAAAAAAAAUGGAAAAAUUUUGAAUUUAUUUACUGUUAUUAAAUAAAUAGAAAAAAAUGUUUUUGGUUUUAAAGAAAACAAAAAUUUUAAAAAUAAGAAAAUAAAUGACUGCAUAUAAUCUUUUACAAACACAUACGCAUAUACGCACAUUAUAUAUGCAUGUGUAUGUGCAAUUGUUCGUAUAUUUAUGCAAGAAUACAUAAUAUAUGCAAAGUUGUUUAAAUUUACAAAUGAAAUAAUUUUAAAAAUGUGUUUUUAAAGUUCAAAGAAAAAAAAUGUUUAAAAAUUAAAAAAUUUUUGGAAAAAAAAAUUAAAAAAUUUACAAAAAAUAAAAAAAUUGUAAAAAUGAUGAAAAAAACUACACAGUUAUGUCAAAAUUAUUAUUUUUUCAUAUGUGAAGGAAAAGGAUAAAAUCAAACAAAACAACACAAGGGUUCAGAAGGAUAACAAAAUAAAAACAAUCAAGGAAAAAGUGAAUUUUUGUAGAGUCACGUACAAUAAUCGCCUACAUUUUAUAAUAAUGGGUGAGUUUAUAAGUAAAAGGAGGAAAAUAACUUUGACAAUACUGUGCCAAAAGGGAACGUAAUCAUUUACCAUUACUUCAAAAAAACAAAAUAUAAAAAAAGGGACAAAAGGAUAUAGUACAAAAAUAAACAAAAAUAAAAAAACUCAGUCAAAAUAACCAUAAAAAAAAGGAACGCAUACAAUAAAUAAAAUAUGGACGGUCUGCAAAUAACUUUUAUAUGUGUUAUGGUGAUAGUUGUUAUAUUAUUGAUUGUUUCUUUUAUUUGUCACUAUUUUGGACCACGAGCGAUAGCAUGGUUUCGUUCUAACCGCGAAGAGAAAAUUGGAUUAUCUAAAAGUAAAAUAUUUCAUGCGAAUGGUUAUAUGAUACAUUCUGGAUCCGAUUUUCUUCAACUUAGUUCAACUGGUAGCUUUAAACGUUUUGAUUCUAUUGAUCGUGAUUAUAAACAAGUAGGUCAAAGUUCAAUUACCUCACCCUCAUGGAAUAUCUCACACGCUGAUACAAAUAUACCACCUCAACCAUUAAGACCUGCACCAGCACCAUCAUCAACAUUAAUACGACAAAAUACACUGAUUAAAAUUAAACAACAACAUCAACCACAUAUGAUAAUGUCAACUCAUAUUACGGAAAUAAAUAAUGAAAAUAAAAGUCAGUCAUCUGAUAUGCAACAAUUUUCAAAUCAGCAAAUUGCUGAUAAACAAAUAACUACGAUAAAACAAAAAAGUUUAGAAAAUUAUGAAGCAUCAACAUCAUCAAAAUCAACAUCAUCACCUUCCAUUAACAUUUCAGCUAUACCAAGACCAGUUGCAAAACGUCAACUAUCUACACCCGUUGAAAAUUAUUUCACAUCUGUAAAAGGAUCUAGUGGUUUUGUUGGUAUUAGUAAUGGUAUUAUAAGUAAUGGAGAUAUAUCCGGAAAAAUAAAUUUAUCACAAGUUGUAAAUAAAAUUCAAGCUAAUAAUAAUAAUAAUAACAAUAAUAAUAAUAAUAUAAGUAAUAAUACCCACAACAACAAUAAUAAUAACAAUAAUAACAAUAAUGGUAAUAACAACAUUAAUAAUAAUCAUGAUAGAAGAUCAAGUUUAUCAUUCUCAUCAUCAUCUUCUAAUAAUACAUCAUCGUCUAAUAUGUCAGGAAAAAUUAUGUCACCUAAAAUUCGAAGGCAACGUUUAUUAAUGGAACAUCAUCAGCAACAGCUACAAAAAAUUACCAACAAUACAUCAAACAAUACUAAUCCAUUUUUAAAUGGAAAUAAUUUUAGUGUGUCUGAGUUUGAUGAAAAAUCAUUAUCAUCAUCAAUAUCACCACCAUCACCAGCAGUAGAAGUAACAAUAGACAAUCCCAUAAAUAGUGAGAAUAUAACAAAUGUUAUUACGAAUACAUGUGAUAUGAAUAAUAGCAGCAAUGAAACAAACUUAAAAUUUUCAGAUAAUCUUGAAAAUACAUUAAUUCAAGACUCUAAGAAGCAAACAAAUUCAAUUAAUACUAUUGAAUAUUUAGAUAGAAAUAUUAAUUUAUCAUUUAAGAAUGAAGUAAAUAAUAGUAAGAAUCCUUUUACAGCUGAUACUAUUUUGGAAUAUCAACGACAACGUCAAAAACAAGCUAAUAUAUCUUCAUCUGAUGAUGCCUUCGAUCUACUACCUGAAUUCAAAGAACCUCCCAAAACUGAUUUAGAUAGAUUUACUAUAUUUAAUUUUGAACCAGAUAGCAUUAAUACAAUUUUAGGUAAUCAACAGCAACCACAACACAUACUAGAUACCAAAAAUACAAAUAAUUUUUCAUCCUUACAAUAUGAAGUUAAUCAUGAAAAUGACAAAAGAAGUAGAAGUGCUUCAUUAAAUUCUCCAAGGUUAUUUCAAACAAAUCAUAUUAAUAAUAAAAGUACAAUGUCACUACAUGAAACUGUGAAUGCUACUAUACCGUAUACCAAUCGUAUAUGUAGCAUUGAUACAAUUAAUAAUUCAUUACCAUUUUCAAUUCAAGGAACGACUACAUCAGUUCAAUCACUUUUCGACACAAAUUUUAUUAAUGAUUCCACUAAACAACAACAGCAGCAGCAAUUAUUCAAUAAUUAUAAUUACCAUCAGAAUGAAGUAACGACCACUGCCUUUAGUCCGUUACCAAUGCCAGAAAAUUAUAAUGUUCAAUCGUUACUAUUAACUGAAAAUGAUAAUGAUCUAAAUAAAAUUCGAAGUCCAAAUAAAUAUAACAAUAUGGAAACAAGAAAUUUUUUAUUGAAUCGAUUCGAUUCAAAUAUCGAUAAGAUUAUAAAUCAAAAUAUUGAUUAUAAAACAUCAAAUCUGUAUAAUCAUAAUAGUACAUCGGUUCCUUCAUUAUUCACUUUAAAUAAUGACAAUCGUAAUAAUAUUAAUGAGACCGAUUUCGCAAAAGAUUUUUCAACUCUUUCAUUUUGGAAUAAUAUCAAUACAAUAUCGAGUUAUCGUGGUGAAAGUGCUGCUUCAAAACUUUCUAAUAUAUUAAAUUUUCAAAGAAGAGCUUCAUCAGCUACACAAUUACUGAACUUCGAAAGAAAACCAACAACAUCUAAUGAUCAACACGAAUAUCGAACAUCAAAGUCAUUUAAAUUAUAUAACGGUAAUUGUGGUGGCUAUCAGUCACCUUACUAUAGUCUACAAAAGACCUUGUUUACAACAUCAACAUCACCACCCGAGAAAUCCGCCUUAAAAACUUCUGCAUCUAACACUUCACUGUUUGAUUACUCGAGCGGAAUAUCACAGUUAUCCAAAUAUUUUGGAAUUCCACAACCCGAAAAUUUACCAAUAUUAAAGGGAUCCGAUGGGUCUUCAUUCAAUAAACAGACAAUAAACUCAAGCCACCAUCAACAACAGUUAGAAGAACAAAUGAAUGUUCCUAUGAGCGCCUCAAUCAAUCAAAGUAAAUUAGAAUCUAUUAGUAAUUCUAAUGUUAGAGAAACGACGAACACUUCUAGAAUGCAACAACAAAUUUCUGAAUGUCAAGAAGAAAAUUUUAAUUUUUAUCAAAAACAACCGGCUAUUAAUUCGCCAAGUAGCCCUAAAAUAAUAUCUUUGCAAAAUUCUAAUAUUAUAAGUCAUAAUUCACCUUUUAAUAAAGCUACUUGCACACCUUUUCAAAUACAAGAUUCAAGUACAAUAAACUCUAACUUGUCAGGAGAACGUGCUCCAAGUAUUAGUAAUUUAGCUCAAAAUAAUUUAAUAAGAAAAUAUUUAGACUCACCAUGUUCUGAUGUAUUUGAUGAUAUCGAACAAAUGAUACGAAGACGACAUAGAAAUCGUUCACAUUCCGAAACUGAAGCAACCGAAAAUGAUUUAAAAGUAUUUAGUAGGCAUUCAACAUUUCGUCGUUCAUUGAAUACUAAUCCAUUUAUGGAAAAGGGAAAGCAUACGUUACAUAAAACUUUUUCUGAAAACUUUUUGGCUAAGGGUGUUAAUGCAGCUCAACAGCAACAGCACCAGCAGCAACAACAACAACAAAAUUAUCAAACAUGGUCUUUUGGAAGAAAUUUUUCUAGACAAGAAUCAUUGAGUUUCAAUUUAGGACGACGUAAUAGUUCUCAGAGCUCUAUAGAUAGUUCUAUAGAUAGUCUACAUCAUGCUAUUUCAUGUGAAUCUGUCAAUUCAGUUUCUUCAAUUCUACUAUCAGAUUUAGAGCCUGUACAACCAAUUGUCACAGGACAACUUUGCGUUGGCCUAAAAUAUGAAAAAAACACAACAAUGGAUGAUGAUCUAGAAUUAAAUGUUAAUGUAAUGGAAGCUAAAGAAUUGCUUGGACCAGCAAAUAUAGAUUCAUUUGAUACUUUUGUUAGAUUAUAUUUGGUUCCUGAUGAAACUGGUGCUAGGCAAACUAAGCUUUUCAAGAAUUCAACAUCACCAAGUUACAAUGAAACAUUCACAUUUUGCCUGGAUAAAAAUAAAGGACGUCGUUCUUUAUGGUUUCAUUUAUACCACAGUGGGAAUUCUCAUACUCUAAUAGGAGAAACUGAAUUGCAAAUUGCUGAUGUUUCAUCACCAAGACCAUAUACAACUUGGCUAUCAUUAUGUGAUUCACGUAAUUUAAAUCCAAAAUGGGGUGAAUUAAUGUUUUCACUCAGUUAUUUACCAACUGCAGAACGUUUAACAAUUGUUGUUGUUAAAGGAAGAAAUUUUCAAUUUGAACAAAAUAUUAAUGAAUUGGAAUCUCAAAAUAUUUUUGUUAAGGUAUAUUUAUUAAAGGACAAUAAAAAAAUUUCUAAAAAGAAAACAACUUUAAAACGUAAAGAUCGAUGCCCAAUAUUUAAUGAAUCAAUGAUAUUUAGUAUACCACCAUUUUUACUUAAUACAAUACAAGUGCGCCUUACUGUAAUGAGUAUAUCAACAGAUCAACAAUUACCAAUUCAACAGCAGCAGCAGCAGCAACAACAACAACAACAAUUACAACAACAAUAUUGUGAAACUCUUGGACAUAUUUUCAUUGGUAAUGGCACAUCUGGUAAAGGUAUUAAACAUUGGAAUCAAAUGUUAUCAUCAUUACGAAAACCAGUAGCUAUGUGGCAUCCAUUGAGAAAAACUAAACCAAAAUCAAUAACAAAAGAUAUUACAUAAUAAGAUUUUUCACAUAAUAUAUACUUAAUUAUAUACAUAACUGUAAUAUACAAUUAUAUAGAUUAUGUAUAAUAUUAUUUUAACAAUACAUUAGAUAUUUAUUCAUUAAAAUUUAAAUUAUAUGUAA